GCGACGGAGAAGCCGAUGCGUUCGUUUCACCGCCUUCUUCUUCUACCUCGGCCGCUGGAUCACUCGAGUUCUUUGAUGGCCAGCUGCCGCUCGAAGCUGCAGCUGGGGUCAGGCUAAAUUUACUGCGGCGGCUACUUUGUUUAAUGCUUCGUGGGGGAGACGAUUUGGCGUGCUUUUGGUAGUCACUCACCUCUGCGUCUCCUCCAACCGACGCCCGCCUCGCCCACAUGGGUCUCAUGGCGUGAGCUGAGCUGCUGAGCUGAGAGAGAGGCUCGCCCAUCGAGGGAGCCCGAUAGUACUCCCUCUCGCCCGUGAUCCGUCCAUGGGUUGCUCUGCUCCGGGGCGCGUGAGAUUCUGAGGCCGCGAGGAAGGAGGAGGAGGUGAGGCGGCGGCCAUGAGCUGGAGGAAAGGAGGAGGAGGGGGAGGGGAUGGAGGGGUGUCGAGGAGAUGGGCCGUGCUGCUCUGCCUCGGGAGCUUCUGCCUCGGCCUGCUCUUCACCAACAGAAUGUGGACGCUGCCUGAGGCAAAUGAGAUUGCUCCACCAAACGGAAAUGGAGAAGCAGUCAAUGCGCGGCAACUAGUUGCCGCGGAGUGUGGUCCUAAAAAGGUCCAACAACACGAUUAUAAAGAUAUAUUGCGGGUUCAAGAUACUCAUCAUGGUGUACAAACAUUAGAUAAGACAAUAGCAAGUUUAGAGACAGAACUAUCAGCUGCAAGAUCCCUGCAAGAAUCCUUGCUCAAUGGUUCCCCAGUUGCAGAAGAGUUCAAACUUUCUGAGUCAAUUGGGAGGCGAAAGUACCUUAUGGUCAUAGGCAUCAAUACUGCAUUUAGCAGUCGGAAGAGAAGAGAUUCCAUACGCUACACCUGGAUGCCUCAAGGUGAGAAAAGGAAGAAACUUGAGGAAGAAAAGGGGAUCAUCAUUCGUUUCGUCAUUGGCCACAGUGCUAUAUCAGGUGGAAUUGUUGAUAGAGCAAUUGAAGCAGAGGACAGAAAGCAUAAUGACUUCAUGAGGAUAGAUCAUGUUGAAGGAUACCUUGCUCUAUCUGGCAAAACCAAGACAUACUUUGCUACAGCUGUUUCAUUAUGGGAUGCUGACUUUUAUGUGAAGGUUGAUGAUGAUGUGCAUGUAAACAUAGCAACACUUGGGCAGAUUUUAUCCAACCAUGCAUUAAAACCCAGAGUAUAUAUUGGAUGCAUGAAAUCUGGACCUGUCCUAACUGAAAAGGGUGUAAGAUACUAUGAGCCCGAGCAUUGGAAAUUUGGCGAACCAGGAAACAAAUAUUUUCGACAUGCCACUGGUCAAUUGUAUGCUAUUUCAAAAGAUCUAGCAACCUACAUAUCUAUAAACAGGCAUGUUCUCCACAAGUAUAUAAAUGAGGAUGUUUCAUUAGGAUCUUGGUUCAUUGGAUUAGAUGUCGAGCAUAUCGACGACCGAAGACUUUGUUGUGGAACUCCGCCUGACUGCGAGUGGAAAGCCCAGGCGGGGAACACCUGCGCCGCGUCAUUCGACUGGAGAUGCAGCGGCAUAUGCAACUCGGAAGGGAGGAUCUGGGAGGUGCACAAUAAGUGCGCCGAAGGGGAGAAGGCGCUCUGGAACGCCACCUUCUAGCGCGACACCGACACCGAAAACACCAGUAAAAAAAGAAGAAAAGAAAAACAGAAAGCUCAAGCAGGAAGAAGAAGAAGGCUCCUGCUGCUUGUAGGUGUGCUGUACAUUGGCCACUGUCUGCUUGUAUGUAGUAAUUCUUGUGUAGCUUAGCAGUGAGAUGAUUCGUUCUGUGACUGGGGGGGCUGGGAUCUGUGGAUGAACACCGACGAAGCGGACCACAAUUUUACGUAGCGUCUGUCUGCCGGUGGCGGUGUGAUGAGGAGAGGGUAUACGAGCUGAUAUAUUGCAUUCUUUGGAUUGGGGCAUAAAUGUUGAGCUUCAGUUUAAGGUGGUCGUUUUGCAUCGAUCUCCUGUACUGUAUAUGGCUGCCAUGAUGUAUGACCAGAAUAAAACUUACCUGUUGAUGAUGA